AUGAACGAAAGAUUAAACUUAUCUAAAGUUCUUAUUAUUAAUGGAAGUCCUCGAUUAAAUGGAACAACCUUUUUAAUGCUUAGUUUGAUAAAACAAGAACUAGAAAAAGAAGGUAUUAUAACAACAUUUUUCCAAUUAGGAGGCAAAGAAAUAAAAUCAUGUAAAUCAUAUAAAACUUGUAAAAAGAGUGAAACAUGUUUACAAGGAGAUCCUAUAGUUAAUGAACUUAUUAAAAAAAUGAAAGAAUCUGAUGGAAUAGUAAUUGGAAGUCCAACCUAUUUUUAUGAUGUUCCAUUAGAAGUAAAAGGAAUGAUGAAUCUUUGUGGAUUAAUUCUUUCAAAACAAUUAGAAAGAAAAGUAGGAGUUGCCGUUGUUGUACCACAUAAAGGAGGUUCAGUUUAUGUAUAUGAUACAAUCAAUCAUUGGUUUUGCUCAAACAAUAUGUUUAUCGUUGGAUCAUCACAUUUUAUUGAUAGACCUAUAAAUGAAACAAUAAAAGAAAGAGAAACAGAAAAUAAAAAGAUGAUAAUACGAUUAUCAAAGAAUCUUUCAAAUUUAUUACAUCAACUCAAAAAAUAA